CCCUCUCCCUGGUGCUGUUAGCUAGGUCAGCCUAUCGCCGUCGCCGCCGCGUCCAUUGCUGCCGGUAGAAGUUGAGGAUGCCAUCCUGGAACGACGAGGAGAGCUCGGACGAGGACAUCAACAUGGUUUCAAUGGAUCCUCAGCUCUUUGAAACCCCUGACAGUGUGGUGGAACCAACUUUUUGUGGUUCUUACACUGAAUCUGAGCCGACGUGCAUGAUGCAUCAUCAGAGGCCGAAGAAGAUGGUGGCUUUUGAAGGUGCUUUGACUGGGAGGCGAUUCCUGGGUUGUCCUGUGCAGCAGGAUGUAGGUGUGAACUGUGGGGUUGUGGAGUUGGUGGAUGGUCCUUGGCCAGAGAUUCUACAAAGGUGCCUAACCAGGAUUUGGGACAUGUACCAUGAGCAGAACUUGGGAAGGGUGAAUGACAAACAAGCUCACAUGAGAAAGAGCCAGUUGGUGGAAGAUGUAUCCAAGCUAUUUGACUAUCAAGAUGGCAAGAUGUCUCAUGACAUGGGCUAUACCAGUCAGGCAAUCAAUGAACUAAAUGAGAAGAAGAAACAACUUGAGGAUCAGGCAAAGAUUGAGUUAAGUAUGGAGAAGAUGAAGCUUGCCCAGGAGCAAAGGUGCAUUCUUCAAAGCCAAGCAGAUAUCAUUCAGAACAUGAGGAAGGCCAUGAAGGAAGUGGAGGGGGAGAGGGACCUACUAAGGCAAGAGAAGAAGAAGCUGGAGUAUCUGAUUGCUGAUCUGCUCAAGGCUGGGCAUGCCAGCAAAGAUAAACUGGAGAGGAUCAAGGCAAUUAUGAAUGAGUGA